AUGUCAUUACCUUUUUUAACAACAAAAGAGGAAAUAGAACAUGAUCUAGAGAAAUCAUCAACUACAACAACACAUCUACACCCAUCUUCAAAACCAAUUUUAAAAAGAUUAUUAUUUGCAUUAUUCAUAGAAUUAGUUAUAUCUAGUACAAUAUAUUAUAAUUAUGAUAAAAUAAACGUAAUUAAUCCAAUGUUAGGUCCAACUUUACUUGGAUGUUUUUCUGGAGCAUUGGCACAAUCAAUAAAUCAAUAUUUUAAAAAGAAAUUCACUUUGAAUAAGAUUUUUAAAUUCAUGGUAUGGGGUUUAAUCAAUGGUUAUUUUACAGCUGCUUGGAUAAAUAUAUUAAUUACCAGAGUUGAGAAUUUAUUUUAUAGAAUUAUGACUGAUCAAUUUAUAGGUGCUCCCAUUUUCCAAUUAAUUUUUAAUUUAUUAAAUAGUUUAUGGGAUCAAGGUGAAUUAUUUACCAUAACUACUAAAAAUUCAUUUUUUAAAUCAUUAAAAUAUUCAUAUUGUUAUUGGCCAUUUGUUUCAAUAUUUUCGUUUGUUUUCAUACCUCAAUCAUUAAUGUUUCCGUGUAAUUGUUUAGCAAAUUUAUUAUGGAAUAUAAUAUUAAGUAAAUUAGCAUAG